ACUGCUCCUACAACAACUACUGCUGAUACUACGUCAACUCCUGCUCCUACAACAACUACUGCUCCUACAACAACUACUGCUGAUACUACGACAACUCCUGCUCCUACAACAACUACUGCUGAUACUACGACAACUACUGGUCCUACAACAACUACUGCUCCUACAACAACUACUGCUGAUACUACGACAACUACUGCUCCUACAACAACUACUGCUCCUACAACAAGUACUGCUGAUACUACGUCAACUCCUGCUCCUACAACAACUACUGCUGAUACUACGUCAACUACUGCUCCUACAACAACUACUGCUCCUACAACAACUACUGCUCCUACAACAACUACUGCUGAUACUACGUCAACUCCUGCUCCUACAACACCUACUGCUCCUACAACAACUACUGCUCCUACAACAACUACUGCUCCUACAACAACUACUGCUGAUACUACGUCAACUCCUGCUCCUACAACAACUACUGCUCCUACAACAACUACUGCUCCUACAACAACUACUGCUGAUACUACGUCAACUCCUGCUCCUACAACAACUACUGCUGAUACUACGACAACUACUGCUCCUACAACA